UUACGUGUUGUCUCCUUCGGGGGUUGCUCGGAUAUCCGAAGUUCGAGCUGAUCCGUGGGAUUCCGCCUCCUCUGUUGAAGCUGUUCCUGUGAAGGUUGUGCUUCCUGAGUUGAAGACAACUUCGGACCCGGAUCAACGCAAAAGGAAGGGUAGCACUCUUUUGAGGCCUUCCACGCAUCCGAAGAAAGCGAAGGCUUCUCAGCCCUCGGAGAAGGAAGCGGUUUCGGAAGUUAUGCCUCCUCCUAAGAAUCUUCUUCACUUCAUGCCCUUGCCGGGGCAGAAGUUAAAGAGUGUGGUGGUUGCUGAACCGCCGCCCGUGGAUCAGCCGCUGAUCGAGGAAGAUAUCAUCCCCUCUCCCCUGAAACCAUCUGCUGCUUCGGGGAUCGAAAUCCAGGAUAUCACCGAGGUGAUGGAGGCGAUUGAAGCCGAUUUUGUUCCUGGUUUGGUUGUCCCUGAGGUAGCUGAGGAGAAGGAGUCUGCUGAUCUUCCCUUCGAGAGAGAGAAGAGUCCAGACAAGGAGAUGAUAGAUCUCUCGGGCCCCGAAGCUGCGGUCCCCGAGGCUCAGAAGGAGGUUCCCUCUGCUGGAGAGGAGGAGCAGCCCGAGCAAGGUUUGACGAGGAAGAGGCGCCACUCAACUUUGGGCUCUACUUCUACCUCGGCCCUGGAUAGGCUGAUCCAUGCUGAUCCCUGUUCGGAUGUUCCGCUAAAACGGAUCCCCGAAGAAGUAAGGGAGGCGAUGGCUCGAUAUGCUAGGGCUCCGAUUUUGGGAGAGGACCCCUUGGCCCACGUGGGAUCCUUGGUGGGCCCCGAGGCUGCUCGGGAGAAUCUGCUUCGUGCUAACCCGCAGUGGAGGGUUCCUGGGGCCGAAGAGAGGAAUCCGGCUAUGAUGGCCCAGUACUAUCUGAACGAGGCUGUUUUCUGGUCUUCGUUCGCUUCCGAGUGUAGCUCGGUUGAGGAGAAACAACUGAGGAAAUAUCGUGAGGCUUAUGCUCGUGAUAUUCCCAUUUUGGACCAGAAGGCUGGGCAACUCCUCUCCGAGCUUACGGAACUCAAGCAGCUGUACCUUCAUUAUACUCGCGAGGCUAGAGAGUCUGCUGAGAAGAUCGGGACCGAGGUUGGCCAGCUCAUCUUCCGAGUUGAAGAGGAUGCUGAGAAGAUCGCUUCCUUUGCUGAGGAAAAGAAGGAUAUGGCCGCUAAGUUCGCUAGCGAACUUGAGGAAAAAGAUAGACUCUUCCAGGAGAUGAAGUCUAAAUUUGAAGCGGCCGACAAGGAGCAUAAAGAGGCGGAGUUAAGGCUCCACCAUUUUGUCCAGCAUCGGGAGCUGAUCCAGCAGCAAGCUGAUAAGGUGCCUGUCCUUCGGCUGAAGCUUCGGGAAAAGGAUGACUAUAUUCGGAAGCUGGAGCAGGAGCGAGUCAACCUCUACACUGCUGAUCAGCUCCCUACUAGGGAUAUGCUGGUGGCUUGGAAAGUUACUACUAUGGAUGAAUGCCCCUUCUGUAACACCAAGAAAGAAACUGUUGCACACUUGUUCUUUGAAUGUCACUAUUCAGCUGCUGUGUGGAAUGUUAUUCUGCAUAGUUUGAAGUUCAACAGGAGAGCUGUUUCCUUUGAUCAAGAAUUAACCUGGGUACUAAAGGCUACCAAGAGAACUGGGGAUAGAUUCAAGCUGCUUGUGAUGUACUUUGCUGAGUGUAUUUACAGCAUUUGGUUCCAAAAGAAUGAAAUGGUGUUUAACCAUAGAUGCAGAAGUCCUGCUGACAUUGUUUCAGACAUCAAAUUUAGAGUUGCUUGUAGGGCAACUGCUGGUCAGCAUAGAGAGAGGAAUUUGAUCGGUCCAGAACAACUGUAUCUCUUAUUUCAUGAACAAUGGGCAAAUUUGCUAAAAAAGACCUUUUAUCAGCCAAAUUUGCCUUACAUAAAUGUUAUGAACAGUAAAUCAUUAAGGUUUUUUGUUACUCGCAUAAUUAUCUUUGCUGUUCUACAGAAGUUUGCAUAA